AUGGGUCAUCGGAGGGAGCGCGCCGGUCACAUCACUCUCGCUGCAUACCAAACCCCAAGGAUCCGCUGCCACCUCAAUGAUACUCUUCAUAUCGGCCCUAAAAUUCAGGAUGAUCUGUUACACAUUUUAUUACGCUUUCGGAUUCAUCGUUAUGUCAUCACUGGUGACAUCGAGAAAAUGUAUCGGCAAUUUAUCGUUCGUCCAGAAGAUCGAAAAUAUCAGCGGAUCCUUUGGCGCGAUCGCGACGGGACAAUUAAAACAUUUCAACUAAACACAGUUACAUUUGGUUUAUCUGCCGCUCCCUAUCUCGCAAUCCGAAGUCUAACCCAACUGGCUCGAGAUGAAGCGCACCGAUUCCCGCUAGCGUCCGAAAUUCUUCAACGGGAUUUUUACGUUGACGAUGCCCUCACCGGGACUGCAACGAAGAAAGAAGCACUCGCGCUGCGAGAAGACAUCACGCAGCUGCUCAAAUCAGCUAGGCUCAACGUCCGACAGUGGGCGUCAAACGACCGCGAUCUGCUUCAAGGAUUAUCAGAAUUCGACGUCAACCGCAAACUACAUCUCGGUGAAUCCUCCACUUUAAAAACACUGGGAAUUGUUUGGAACUCUGCAACAGAUUUUAUACACUAUGCAGUAAAAACCACAACAUCAACACCUCAGAUCACCAAGCGUCACAUUAGCUCCGAAAUAGCAAGGAUUUAUAAUCCACUAGGACUCCUCGGACCCGUUAUUAUCAUUGCAAAACUUUUGCUACAACAGAUCUGGAUUCUGAAGGCUGAUUGGGAUGAAUCCUUGCCAAUGGAUAUUCACACGCAAUGGACCCAAUAUUACACGCAACUACCAUUAUUAAACAACGCGACAUUCAACCGGAAAACUAUCAUCAACGCAGCAUCCAAGAUACAGCUGCACGGAUUUUAUGAUGCCAGCGAAAAGGCAUACGGAGCCUGUGUUUAUUUGCGAUCCAUCGACGCUUGCAGCAACGUCCAAGUAAAUCUGUUGCUUUCGAAAUCCAAGGUUGCUCCAUUGAGAAAACAUUCACUACCACGGUUGGAACUCUGUGGAGCACUUCUUCUUGUCACACUUAUCACCAUCGUACGAACGGCACUUCACAUCGACAUUAGUAACAUCUUCCUCUGGUCCGAUUCUACUAUUGUCUUGCACUGGAUAAACACGUCACCCCAUGUCCUAAAAACUUUUGUCGCGAAUCGCGUCGCUGAAAUACAAAGGAAAAUCGAAGAUGCUCAGUGGCGCCAUGUCGGAACAUCCGAAAAUCCAGCAGAUUUAAUCUCAUGCGGCCAAUCUCCGGAAGAAUUCCUCCAGCCCUCCAUCUGGCAACACGGACCGACGUGGCUCUCAAAAGAGGAGAUCUACUGGCCUUUGUGGAUACUGACACCCAUGGAUGACAUUCCAGAGCAGAAGACAACGAUUUGUUUAGCAUCAACCUUAAUCGAUUAUAGCAUUCUGGAACGGUACUCGUCAUGGGGAAAACUCAUCCGAAUCAUCGCGUACUGUCUACGGUGGAAACAUAGACACAGAAGCGGAGGAUGUUUGACGGUCGCCGAGCGGAACUAUGCCCACAACACAAUAAUCAAAAUGCUGCAACAUCAAUAUUUCGCAAAAGACAUACAUCACUUAUCGGAUGACAAGAAACCAGAAGUUAACCGUAAACUGCGGCCUUUGAAUCCAUUCACAGAUCAAAACGGCAUUUUGCGAGUCGGCGGUCGAUUGAAACACUCGUUCAUGCCAUUUUCACAAAAACAUCCAAUUAUCCUUCCAAAGGCCCACUUGACCACGAAAAUCAUUGAACACGAACAUCGCACACAAUUGCACGCUGGCGUCCAGACCACACUCUACGCGAUUCGACGAUGCUACUGGCCUAUCGAUGGGCGCAGCCAGGUGUGGAGCGUCUUAAAGAAAUGCGUUCGUUGUUGUCGAGCGAAUCCUCCUCCCGUUGAAUACAUCAUGGGCAAUCUUCCAGCAGCUAGAAUCACCGAAUCCCGUCCCUUCACACAUGUCGGAGUCGAUUACUGCGGCCCCUUUUAUAUCAAGGAAAAAAGACAUCGUAACCGUAAGCAAAUCAAGGUUUACGUUGCGGUGUUCAUAUGCCUUGCGGUAAAAGCGGUCCAUCUGGAAUUGGUCAGUGAUAUCACGAGCGAAGCGUUUCUCGCUGCUCUUCGACGCUUCAUCUCGCGACGAGGAUUCUGCGCUCACAUAUACUCAGAUAACGACACCAACUUCACGGGAGCCAACAACGAAUUGCGGGAGCUCCAGAAAAUGCUGAGGGCAGAGGAACAUCAACAGAGUCUAACUGAAUUUCUAACGGAAAGAUCCAUCCAAUGGCACUUCAUUCCCCCCCAAACUCCCCAUUUUGGAGGGCUUUGGGAGGCCGCAGUAAAAUCAUUUAAAUACCACCUCAAACGCGUCGCGAACACCGUCACCUUUGCAUUCGAGGAUUUAUACACUCUGAUUACAGAAAUAGAAGCGAUCCUUAACUCCAGACCACUUACUCCCAUCUCCGCGGAUUCCAAUGAUCUUCUUGUCUUAACCCCAGGCCAUUUCCUGAUUGGCGAUUCUUUGACGAGUCUACCUGAGUUUGAUUUCAGAGAAGUUCCAACCAACAGCCUUUCGAACUGGCAGCACAUUCAAAAACUUAAACAACACUUCUGGACUCGCUGGCAUCGCGAGUAUUUGAACGAACUGACCAAUCGCAGCAAAUGGACCAGUGGCGGCCACAAAAUCAAGGAAGGCUCAAUAGUCCUACUCAGAGAGGACCACGUGCCAUCGAUGCACUGGCCCCUCGGACGAGUUGUCCGAACGCAUCCAGGGCCUGAUGGCAUUGUGCGGACCGUGACAAUGAAAACUGCCACGAAGGAGCUCGACCGUAACGUGAAACGACUCGUACCUCUUCCCUGCCAGUCAGAGGGAAGAGAUCCGACUUCACCAGCAUCCAUGGACCAACCAGCAUCCACAGGUCAACCAGCAUCCAGCGAUGAACCAAUACCUGGGGAUCUACCAACAUUCACGGCCAUAUCAGCUGCCAAGGACCAGCCGAUAGCCAGACACUAA